GAGAGCGCGCGCGGCUGGCGAGUGAAGCUGCCUUGGCGAGUGAGCGCCGCCGUUGCCAUUUGCAGCCUCGUCAGUGGAAGGCGAAGGGGAGCCUCCGCCGCUUGACGCUCGGCUCAGCUCAUCGCAGCUUCGCCAGAGGACGAGCGGACACGGAAGCAAGCACCGGCGAGAACGGCUCACCGCUAACAGACGGUGGGAGUGAUGCAGUCCUUCCGUGAGCGCGCUGGUGGUUACCACAGCAACCAACCCUGCUACCAGCAGGAGCCCCACGAAUUAUCACGCCUGGAGACGUACCGACAACACACGCAUCAUGCCCACCCUCAGCUACCCCACCCGGGGCCUGGUCCACAUCCAGGCCCGGGUCCAGGGCUUUCAAGGUCAAACUAUGAGGCCCGCUCGCUGGUUAACACAACAAGUAUGUCUACAGCCGCAGGAACAGGGACAGGAGGAGCACCUAAGGACUGUUAUAGCCAGCCAGCCUACCCUGGUUUCCCGGUCAAUGGUGGCGGGAACGCAAACGGAGGCUCUGCACCCUCGCAGGCUAAGAAGAAAAUCCCUAAAUUCCCUCCGACAAGUUCUGGUCAACAUUUACAGGGUCAUGGUGCUUACAGUAACCACAUGGGCUCUGGGACAUACUCGGCCCAGUACAUGAGCGGGGGACACCUCCAGCAGAAAUGGGAAGACCCAUCUCAGUUGACAUCGUAUGAGCAUGAGAUGGUUAGCCGAAUUGAGGCUGGAGGUCCACCUGGCCCUAACUCCUCACAGUACAUGGACCAGAACAUGCUGGGCCACUCCCAGACCCAGUGCCAUCAGCCCUCUGCCCCCUCAUUCCCAAGCCCCCAUCACCAGUCACACCCAAAUAACCCUUCCCCUUCACCUUUAUUGUAUCCACAAAGUCACCUGCACUACCCCCAACCUUCCCCCUCUCCUUCACCUUACAUCGAAAAGUGCAGCCCCAUGCCCCCAUGCUAUAAAGGUUAUAGCAUAACGCCGACCUCCCAGUAUGGCAGACAAAUGAGCAGCCACAGUAAUCUGAAGCAAGGAGGCUACAGGCCAUCCCAGAAUAGCUAUAGCUACCAACACUCGAGAGGUUAUGAGCCACAGCCCCCUCUGCAACCCAUGACCAGCCCCCAGGAACCCCACCCAAAAUACCAACAUUUCAGCCAACCACAACCAAACUACUGUCUCUCUGAACUGGCUGUGAGGUCACCUGAACAGUAUUAUCAAACUUGCAGUCCCUCCUCCAACCACUCUCCCGCACGAUCGGUUGGACGCUCCCCUUCAUACAGCUCCACCCCUUCGCCUUUAAUGACCAAUCCGGAGUCCUUCCAGUACGGCCAACCGCCCAUCACCCCAGGACCGGCCUCGUCGUCAUCAUCCACCUCCAUGGGCCAUCAAGAGCAAGGCGGGUCCAAUGCUAUGCUGUUGCCCCCACGCUCACACCCAUCACCCAGUGUGCCCCAGGCAGCACCCCAAAGCUUCACAAGCACACUACAAGGACCUAGCAUGAAAGAGCGUUUCUCAGAGAAGCUGCUGUCAAACCCGAGCUUGUGGAGCCUGAAUGCCCUCACCUCUCAGGUCGAGAACAUAUCCAACAACGUCCAACAGUUGCUGCUUUCAGAGACUCUGGUGGCCAACAAGAAAAAUGCAAAACGAAACAGUGGAGGAAGCAACAGCAGUUCUGGAAGUGCAGCAUCCUCCAAAAAGGCUGAUGAGUACAAAAAUACAUAUCCAGAAAGUACUGGUGGUUUAAGUGGAGGACCAGUGCAGGACCUUUACUCUAAUGUUCAACAUCAGCGGAUGCUGAUGGAACUGCACGAGGGAGGCUACUCCAGCAGUAGUGAUGAACAACUGGAGAGGGGCUACUACUACAGAAACCAGGGCAGAAGUCCAGCUCAGCCUCCCAACAACACACAUAUUAACGUGGACACAAUGUCAUCCUGUUCCAUGACAUCUCCAGAUGAUGUCUCCACCAGGUCGGGAGACUCGGGAUUGCACAACUUUACUCCUGACCCAAUUACGUGUCAGUCAGUACAAGGAGAAGAUAUCACUCCGGUCAAGAGCAACAGUGAGGGGAGGUCUCCUACCAGCAUUACCAUUCCCAGUCCUAUUAAACCGGACACCGACUCAUCUUCCGACAUACAGCAGAUCAAUGAGUCUGUUAGAGAAAACUUUGAAGAAUCAGCAUGGACGGAGAAGUCAGCUGACAAAGAAGUGGCAACUAGGCCAAAACCGCCUGACUAUGAAAGAGAUACUGACGUGACUAAUCUGACAGAGAAACAGGAAAAAUGGUCAGAUGAGGACAAAUGUUCAUUUCUAUACAACCAAGCAAACAAAGGUGGGGCAGACAAAGACUUUUGCUAUGCGGAGACAGUCUACGAAGGGGUCCAGAGAAAAUAUGAUCCUGAUUCACUUGAACAGUCCCCAGCUGCGUGCUCUGACUCAAGCCACAAUUUUGGCCAAGAGAUAAAAGAGGCAUACAAAUCAGAGUCAUCAGAUGCUUCUGAGAGCUCGCUAAAAACAUUGCCUUUCAAUCCUGUGAGUGACCUUGAACAGGAUCAAUAUUCCACAGAGAAGGAGGACAGCUCAGACAACACUUCUUCAACCCCUCGAAUUGAGGCCUUGGAAGAGGAACAUUCAGAGAAGACAGAGCUCAAACAACUGAUUGAAGAAGAGGAAAAGGAGGAGGAAAACAAUGGACAAGAAACAUUCGAUGAAAGAAAGCAACAUGCUCUUUCCCCGCCCCUGUCUGAUGAGGUGAGAAGAGAACUAGGGGAGGAGGAGUACAUUAGCCAGUCAUUGAAUUCUGAUUUCAUGAACAGACACGGCUGUGAGAAACCUUCUGCCAACCUUUGCACCAAGACAGAGACUCAAAGAGCUGAGUUCCAUAGUGACAAUGAGCUUGCGGGAGUGCCUGCACAUCCAAAUGUGGCAGCAGCGCCGAAUGCUUCUUCGAGAGAAUCGGCCAUCGGUGACACCGCUCCGCAGCCCCAAUCUGCUAUGCCAGUUUUCUCAGCUCUCAAUGACAAGACAACACCAACUCCAGCCCAGUCCAGGGAUCAUAUGGAUCACAGCGACGCCAAAGUGCUGGAGCCAGACUCUCCUCAGUUGCCCGGGAAGUCAAUACUUCCCUCAGCCCCCUCCUGGGCGGACACACCGCCCUCCCCAAAGAAAGGUGAUGAGGACAUGGAGCCGGGCCUCAGCUGCUCCAGUGCCGUGACCCCCUUGGCCAAGCCAGAGCCUGUGGCCCCAUCUGGUCAACCCAGGGCAUUUGGACGUAAGCAUGCAAGGGGGAGAAGGAAACUGAUGCUUUCAGGUAUGGCAAUCAGGCGACAGCUAAGCUUGGAAAGGGAUGAAGAGAAGGAUGAUGAAGGAGACCCCCUGGCCUCAGAGAAGCCCUGCAGGCCUUUGAGCAAAACUAUGUUGUUCUCAGAUCAAACCGACUUAGCUCAUCAGGAAUCAAUAGUGAGCCAGACAACCAAAAUAUUAACUGAAGGACUAAGUUCAAGAAUGUGCACACGUUCAUUCAAUGCGCCAGAUUUACCACCCAAAGGCGAGGCUCAUUUAAAGGGGAAACCAGGCCCAAAACCUGGACCCAAACCAGGACUGAAAACUGGACCAAAGCCAGGGCCAAAACCUGGAGGCAAACCAAGUCCUAAACUUGCCCUAAAGCCCGGACCAAAGCCCGGGCCAAAACCAGGACUUAAAUCCGGACAAAAGGUUGUGGCAAAUACACCAGAUCCAGCAGAGAAAAUUGAGUCUCGAGGGAAACGAAAACCAGGGCCCAAACCAGGCUUAAAACCGACAUUAAAACUUGGGCCUAAACCUGUUUCAAAGACAGGACCAAAGCCUGCGUUCAAAUCUGAAGAUGAAUUGCCACCCAGUGAAAACGUAACCAUCAAGUCCCCCGUCGGUCGCCCCAAAGGCUCAGUUUCUCAGGCCAAGCAGACACAACAAGAAGAAAUCAUUCUACAUUUGACAGGGCCACAGGGCAGGGGCAGAAAAAAUAUCAAGACUACGCUAUCGCAAAUAAACCAGGAUAUCAAAGUAACAAACCAUGACGAAAAGUCACCAAAUGUCAUAAAAGCACAAGAAAAUGACAAUAAAAACAUGACCUUGAGGUCAAGAAAGCCUUCACAGGCAAAAUCAUCAAAAGAAAAGGAGAAACCAAUACACAAAGAUAAUUUAACACCAGCAGUGACAGAAACGGGCACACUUGAUUGUUCCAUAAAAGAGGACCGUUUCGCUCAGGAACAAUGUCUUACUCCAAGUCCUUACAUGGUAAAAAAGACUCCAACUGAACCUCCUGAACUGCUUCCAUCUGAAAAUACUGAAGAAAAGAUGAUGCUUCCACUCAAAUAUCAGUCAUUCAUGGAACCCGCUACGGUGCCUGUAAAGAAGAAGAGGGGUCCAAAGCCUAAAUCAAAAUCCCAGGCCACGCCGCUGGCGCGGGUUGUCUCCACACCGAAAGAGGCGGAUGUCCCGGGGCCCAGAAAAAAGAAAGGGCCAGCCACGAAAGAGCCUGAGGGGACCUACCCAGCCAAACAUAUUCCCUCUAAUGCCACCGAAAGCGAUCCAGGUGAUGUGUCAGUCGUGCCUCCUCAGUGCCCCACCAGAACAAAAGUCCUCCCUCCACGUAAGGGCAGAGGACAGAAAUAUGAAGCCAUGGUGCAGAAAAUCACAUCACCGAGCUCGAAGAAAUACCUCCAAACGUCUCAGACAGACAUCAGUCUCAACGAUGAUGCAACAACGAAGGACUUUUCUCCGCACGCGGUCAAAGACGGAGAGACGGUUAUUCCUGUCAAUGGCACGGAAAUGAUGGAAAGUGAAAUGAAAAGCAGACAGGAGGUUGUGAAACACCUCGAAGGUGCCGCAAGAAAGGAGGUCAAACGAGAAUCUGACAAGCAGAAGAUAUGUCAGGAAGCACCAGUGUCAGAGGAGUUGAGACAAAAGCUGUCAGAAGAGGAUGGAAAUGACCAAGGGCCGAUACAAGAACAUCAACCUGGAACGCUGCGCAAAGUCCAAAGAGCAAUGGGGGCUCAGGUAGACCUCAGUCCUCGAGGAGACUGGACCCAACAAGCAAAAGCAUUUGUAUCCGGAGAUUUAGCCACAACCAAGUCCUCAAAAAGGAAGCGUUGGGCUAUGGUGGAGAGUACGGACGCCUCUGCCGUAGCCUUGGAAGCGGGAGACCUAAUAGUGACGACCCCAAGAGCGGCCAAGCAGAGGGCCAUCAAAAACAACCACGAGAUGCACGUAAAGCAGAAAAGGAAACGAAAAGGUCAGUCUGCGGCAGAAGAAACAGAAGCAGCAAAGGAGAUCAAACUUGAAGUUACGGAGCAACAAGACGGAAUAGUAGAGGAGAUGAUAACCCCUUCGGAAAUGCCCACAUUGCCAAUAAGUCCCGAUGAUAUUAAAGAAUGCCCUGAGGUUGACAGCGCAGAAGUCAUCCAGACGCUGAGAAGAGGAAGAAAAGCAUCUGCAUAUCCAGCUAAGCGGAAACGAGGGAAAGCCUUAUCCGAGGAGAUUUCUGACAAGCCAAUGAAAGUGUACAAAAAGCCCGGGCCAAAACCGGGAAUGAAAGAUGCCUUGGAGGUCAUUGAAGCGGUUGUGAGGGCGGCGGGGUGCGAAGCAGAAAAAGUAGAGAGGCAACAACAGGAGACAGAAAUAGACACGUGUGAAGAGGAAAAAGAUUACAUUGUGGGUCCUGUGGUGACAAUAUCCAAAAAACAGACCGAGACCAUUUCGGUAAAGAGAAUCAGAAACAAGCCGGUCCAACAACACCCUCUGUCUUUCUGUCCGUACGUGCGAAUGAACAACUCCAGAGACUUUUCCUCUUGGUGUGCCAUCGUCAACAAGCCCGAGGAUAUGCAUGUAUUUCAAAGACGGAGAAAAAAGGGAAUUCUCCGAAUGAAGAAUCCUUUCACGGUUGCAAAAGUAGUGCCGCACACUGCCGCCAUGCUGCAAGGACCCACGGUCGAUCCACAUCUAACUAGUAGGCGUCUUACAUGUUGCCUGUGCGGAAAAGAAUCCAACUACAGAGACAUGGGCGAUCUGUGCGGACCAUACUACACGGAAGACGCGGUCCCUCGGAAGCUGUUGACCACUGAACCCGCCGCGCUCUCCCUACGGGAAGUCCUAGAGAAAACCAACCGAGAUGAAGUUAAUGAAGAACCACGCACAUUACCAAAAGUUGAAAAUGAGACCGGCGUCGAGAAAGCAGAAAACACGGAGGAAUCGCCACAAGAGGGCAGAAGUGCCAGACAUCACCAUUGGUCGUCCCGAAGAGCGGAAAGAAAAGAAAGAACGGGUCGAAAGGGCGUUCUACGGAGAAUAACCCUUCGAGAGAGGUUAAAGAGGAUGAAGCAGCUCCAGGCCGGGCCUUCCGAUACCCAAGAGGGUUUGUUCCAAAGGCUGCGAGAAGAAGCACAGGCCAAUGAGCACUGGGCUCAUGAAAACUGUGCUAUCUGGACCAAGGGGGUGAUCAUGGUGGCCGGGCGAUUAUUCGGACUGAAGGAAGCCGCCGACAUCUCAGCCCAAAUGAGCUGCCACAAGUGCCAGAUUGCGGGGGCGUCCCUCAGUUGCUGUUGGAGAAGCUGCUCUCGUAAAUACCACUACGUCUGCGCCAAAGAGAUAGGCUGCACAUUCCACGAAGAUGACUUCUCCAUCAAAUGUCCCAAACAUGAGGAUUUGUAAGAUAUCUGAGUGGACCACCUCGCAGGAGCAAAGCAAAGAUAAAUGCUGUCCUAACAGCCAGCUAAUCCUAUAAAAACGGACAGGAUGACGGACAGGCCCUGCUCCCUGAGGCGGCGCUCCGACACCGACAGCAAGCGAGAGCGAGAACUCUGAGAGACAGGAGAGAAAAAUGCUCCUGGAGAGAGCAACUCCUCAAGGACUCGGGAACGGAAUGUGUUCUGGACCGUGCAUUUGGGAGCCGAGGCACUCCGGGAAGGGGGUCUGUUUGAAAUGCGAAUGUGUGUGUGGCAUUCCGAUGGGUUGCUAUCAUAUUGCCACACCUGGCGGCCAGAGAUUGGACAGGCGCAUCCAUCUGUCCACUUUGUGUGUUGGCCAAAAGAGGUGUGUGUGUGCGUGCGUGCGUGUGUGUGUGUGUGUGUGUAUACGUGAUCUUCCUAAACAUCACUCUACUGUGCAUAUCUGUACAUCUACAACACAAAAUGUCAACAAUGAGCCACUGGAUGUGACACCAAACUGUACAUGAUGAUGCGCUUACACAGGUUCAAAAUAUCAUUGCAGUGUUUUGAUGACAGCGACACCUUGAGAUACAAGUGAUGCAAUUUGCGAAUGUUUUAGAUAUCAGCCACUUUUAAGAUCGUUGACAAAGCUUCAAAAAAAAUGCUUCAAGCUGUUUAUUGCUACUCCAAGUUGUAGUUGACUUCCAAAAUAAAAAGAAUGACACCUUGUCUAAA